UUCGCCAAAAGAACAAGAAUGCUUGGCAUAUAAAAUACUAAACACAAGAUAUUGGCAUUAAAAUUGUUGCUAACUUUGCAAACAUAAAGUUAAUAAAUAUUAAUAAGAAUUCCGAACAACAUAUAAAUGAGAUGACUGCUGUGGCACAACAGAAAUAUCACUGCGGUCAAGUGUAUGUUACUAAUAACAACUACCGUGUGACGCUGGAAUGCAAGUAUUGUAAUAAAGAAUUUACUGCUUAUGAUAGUUUUCUGAAUCACAUCUUUGAUGAUCACUUUGAUAAUAUUGAUAAUAAGGAUUUCACAAAUGAAACCCUCGAAUUUGAUGAUAUUGAGGUUUUAAAAGCUUUGGAGGAUUGUGAAUAUGCUGAUGACAACGAUUGCAAUGACAUCAACGAAGACACGCUACAACAGCAUCAACAUUGCGAUGGUAUCAAAGAGAUCAUAGAAAACACUACCAGUGGUGAAAUAAAUGAGAAUAGCCAAUCUCUGGAAAACGCAUUUACUAAAAGAAAUGAAUCUGGCUAUGUGGGGAAUGCAAAUGUAUCUACGGAAAUAUCAAUUGUCAAUACAGAAGUGGACAAACAAGUCACUAAUGAUGCAGAACACACUGAAACAAUUGAGCCAAAUUCCGCUUCGAGCGAUGCAUAUUUCCGACCGGUCCAAAAAUUCUGGAAGAACAUUGAUGAAAAAGAGCGGCCGCUUAAAUGUAGAUUUUGUGACACAACUUUUAAUAAAGUGAACAUUUUACGCAAGCAUGAAGAGCGACAUUCGAAUAAUAGACCUUUUAGUUGCACAAAGUGUCCUAAAAAGUUUUUUUCACGCACCGAGUUAAAUACACACAUUAGAUGGCACACCGGCGAAAAGCCUUUUGUAUGUACCUUUUGUGGCAAAAGCUAUACAACGAAGGGAGCGUUAAGUAACCACGAAAAACGACAUGUUGGUGAACCAAAAUAUAAAUGUGAUCAUUGUGAUAGAAGAUUCUAUGAACCAUUCCACGUGCGAAAUCACAGUGUAGUACAUACAAAAGAACGUAAUUACACAUGUGAUCAAUGCCAAGCAAAGUUUUCAAGACCUACAACUUUGCGAAUGCAUAUGAAAUUGCAUGAAAAUGCUUUACGGUAUACAUGUAAAAUAUGCAAAAUGAGAUUCAAUCAGAAACCUACAUUGAUAUGGCACGAAAAAAGCAAACAUGCCAUUGUAGGAGGCGGUGCUGCAUCUAGUAACAUUGCUGUUACAAACCUAUCUCAGGAAUUAUCCGAUAACGAGGAUACAAAAUAUAGGUAUACAUGUUGUAAUACUGAAUUUAAGGACAAUGAUUCAUUUUUAAAGCACCAAAAUGAUGAGCACGCCGAAGAAGCCAUAGCAUCGUUGGAAGCUCUCGAAGAAACAGAUAGUGAAUACGUCGACUUUAUUUAGUGUGUUUAGUGAUUUGUGUGUUACUAUUUAUAAGUGAAUACAAAAGAAAAAAAAAACAAUUAUAAAUAUUAAAUAAUUGAAAAAUAA